AAAACUCUGUCACGCAAACGCUACUCAACCCAAUCCGGCCUCACUCAGCCUUCAGAAACUUCUAGAUUUUGCUAGAAGAUUCCAUGGCGGAAGGUAAGAGAUCCACUGGUUCCGUCAAGUGGUUUAGUGCGCAGAAAGGUUUCGGCUUCAUUGCGUCCGACGACGGCGGCGAGGAUCUAUUUGUUCACCAGACCUCUAUUCAAUCCGAUGGAUUUAGGACACUUUCCGAGGGCCAGCCCGUCGAGUUCACUAUCGAUUUCGGAGAGGACGGCCGCACCAAGGCUGUCGAUGUAGUUGGUGUCUCCAGAUCUCGACGGGCCCCGCGUGGCGGCCGCUUCGGCGGUAGUGGGAGAGGAUUCUAUGGCGGGAGGGGCAGAGGAGGCGGUGGAGGAUAUGGAAGUGGUCGAGGCGAUGCUGGAUAUGGGAGAGGUAGCAGGGGUGGCCGGUCAGGCGGUGGUUCUGGAUAUAAUUCCGGUGGAGGAUAUGGCACUGGCGGCAGCAGUGGCGCGUGUUAUAAUUGUGGGAGAUAUGGUCAUUUAGCGAGAGAUUGUUAUCAAACCGGUGGCGGCGGUGGAGGAAGUAGGAGAUACGACGGCGGAUACUCCGGUGGAGGAGGCGGGGCAUGUUACAGUUGUGGCGAGGAAGGGCAUUUUGCAAGAGAUUGCCCCAAUACUGAUCAAAACUGAAACAAUGUGGGUGUUUCUCUUAAUGAUGGUGCUCCGUUAAUUAAUUCUUUGUGGAUUGUUGCAUUUUCGAGGUUUGGUGAUUGUUUUUCAAGUGAUUGAAUUAGCAGAGGGGACGGAGCAGAAGCCAUUUCUGUAGCCAUUGCCUCUCUGUUUCUUCCUCAUUGGGUUUUUUUCUUGGGAAAAAUUUGGUAAUGUUGGUAAUUGUUUGCUUAAGAUAUAGAUUUACCUUUCCUUUUUUUUUUGGUCCCCUCAGUUAUUUGUUUAACAUGAUGAAAAUGAUUCCAUUUACCUAUAUGAAAUUAGUGAUUUUGUCUU